AUGUCUACCGCUUUCGUUCAGCGUCCCGCUCCGGACUUUACCGCCACCACCCUCUUCCCCGGAGGCGAGUUCAAGGACAUCUCUCUUUCUGAGUACAAGGGACAAUGGGUCGUCCUCCUCUUCUACCCCAUGGACUUCACCUUCGUCUGCCCGACCGAGAUCAUCCAGUACAACAACGCCCUGGAGCGCUUCCGCGCCAUCAACACCACCGUGUUCGGCAUCUCCACCGACUCGCACUUCUCCCACCUCGCCUGGGUUGAGAAGCCCCGCAAGCAGGGCGGCCUGGGCCCCGACCUGGAGCUCCCCCUCGUCGCCGACCGGUCGCAGAAGAUCUCGCGCAGCUACGGCGUCCUCAUCGAGGAGGAGGGCAUUGCCCUGCGCGGCCUGUUCAUCAUCGACCCCAAGGGCGUCCUCAGGCAGAUCACCGUCAACGACCUGCCCGUCGGCCGCGACGUCGAGGAGACCAUCCGCCUCAUCAAGGCCUUCCAGUUCCACGAGGAGCACGGCGACGUCUGCCCUGCCGGCUGGCAGGAGGGUGGCAAGGGAAUGAAGGCCGACCCCAAGGGCAGCCUGGAGUACUUUGCUGCUCAGGCCGAGGCCACCAACGGCAAUGGCACCAAUGGCCAUGAGGCAAACGGCAACGGCGAGUCUAGGAAGCGACUCCGCGCAGAGUAG